AUGGAGCUGCGGUGGCGCAAUGCCCAGCCUUCAAAACGCGCAACCCGGAACUUGACCACACCCUCCAGCGGUCCGCCUCUUUCCUUUGACGUCAACCGCACACCGCCUGCCGCCUGCUACAUGAUGGAAAUGCGAAUCCAACCGGACCUGGAACGAGCAUCCGGCAGUACCAACGGCGACCGAGUCGACUUCGACGGUCCAAACGAUAUAUAUAAUCCGCAGAAUUGGUCUUUUGCAAAGAAGUCACUUAACACGUUCUUCUACGGACUCACGACGCUCGGCUCGACAUGGGCGAGUGCGGCAUACUCGCCGGCCAACGAGAUUGUUGCGCACGACUUUCAAGUUUCCAACGAGGUUGCCGUGCUAGGAACUAGCGUCCUGCUGCUUGGUUUCGGCUUCGGGCCUCUGGUAUGGGCCCCCCUUUCUGAAGUCUACGGCAGGAAAUGGCCGACCGUCGCACCCUGCUUCAUAUCCGCUCUUUUCUCAUUUGCGACCGGCGCCUCCAAAGAUAUCCAAUCCAUUAUCAUCACCCGCUUCUUUUGCGGCUUCUUCGGCGCUGCACCAAUCACUUGCACAGGUGGCGUCUUCGCAGACAUUUGGGACUCUUCGCAGCGAGGAAAUGCCAUCGUGGGGUACGCAUUGGCUGUCGCCGCUGGCCCCGUACUUGCGCCGAUCGUCGGGGGCGCCAUUGUGGUUUGCGGCGUGUCGUGGAGGUGGACCGAAUACGUGGGUGUUUCUGUUACCGAGGAUGGCAUCAUCACUAACGUUCCCAAGAUCACCGGCAUCAUCCAGCUACUCACCGUCGUCCUCGACGUGGCAUUCGUCGAUGAAUCGUACGCCCCUCGCUUGCUCGUAUCAAAAGCCCGGCGUCUGCGCUUCGAGACUGGGGAAUGGGGACUCCAUGCAGAGUAUGAGGAGCUGAAUAUUACCUUCUCUGGACUUUUGCACAAGUUUGGUGUUCGUCCGUGGCAGAUGCUGUUCACGCCGAUCUGCGGUCUCAUCGCAUUAUACGCUUCCUUCAUAUAUGGCGUCUUCUAUGCCUCUCUCGCAUCAUUUCCGAUCAUCUUUCAACAAGAUCGCGGCUGGAACCCACUAGUCGGGUCCUUGCCGUUCCUUGCUCUCUUGCUCGGCAUUCUGUUAGGGUCUGCACUCAAUGUGUUGAAUCAGGUUGUCUUUUACAACCGGCGUCUGGCUUCCCAAGGUGACCACAAGGCCAUCCCAGAGGCACGUCUGCCACCUAUGAUGGUCGGGUCUAACAUAAGAUUCACAUGGAAAUAA